UUGUACAGAAGAUAUGCGCGGCUAGGUAAUUUGGCUGAUCUCAACGAGGCAAUUAUUCGGGUGGAAACAGCCAUCGAUGCAUAUCCUCUAGGAAACCCCACUCCCGGUAAUAUGCUGAAUGUGCGGAGCCUAUUAUUGAGAGAAAGAUUUGAGCAGCUUGGUGACAUAAAGGAUCUGGAAUUGGCUGUAAGGAUAAAUGAAGAGACAGUGAGACUGACCCGCGCUGGUAACCCGGACAAUGCGAGGGCACUGGAAUGCCUGGGAUGGGUAUUGUUCAGGAAGUUUGAGCAGGUAGGAUACCUUGGAGACCUCCAAAAAGCGAUCAAGUACGGCGAAGAGGCACUAGCUGCCACCCCUCAAGAUUACCCCGAUCGGGCAUCCAGGCACAGUAACCUCGAAACCUGGCUCUCUAGGAGGUUUAGGCGGAUAGGAGACCUUGGAGACCUUGAAAAAGCCAUCAAGCACGGCAAAGAGGCACUCGCUGCCACCCCUCAAGGCCACGCCUAUCGAGCAGAGAGGCAGUACAGUCUAGGAUAUGGGUUGUACAUGAGGUUUGAGCGGAUUGGAGACCUUGAAGACCUUCAAAAAGCCAUCAAGCACGGCGAAGAGGCACUAGCUGCCACCCCUCAAGACCACCCCGAUCGAGCAGAGAGACAGAGAAAUCUAGGAUAUGGGUUGUAUAUUAG